AUGCGCGACGAUAUCAUCGCAGAGUCGGUGUUGGGAGUGGUGUCAGACGUGCGCCUGGAGUCGGACUGUCGACGACUGAUAGAUACGACUAUCGACUCGUUUGGACGGUUAGACAUUCUGGUGAACAGCACCGGUGUGUUUGAUAUGACAGGCAUAACAGACCCGGGUUACAUGCAAAAGCAAAGCCAAGUGUUUGACGUGAAUCUCAAUUCUGUUAUACUUUUAACGCAUUUAUCGGUUAAAUAUUUGGAGACAACUAAAGGAAAUAUUAUUUACAUCUCUAUACAAGUGCUGAAGACUAUGGCAUCGGAGGGACGGACUGUCAUCUGUACUAUACAUCAGCCCUCGUCUCCAGUCUUUCAACUCUUCGACAGUCUAUUACUUAUGGCCGACGGAAGGGUAGCUUUCAUGGGGUCCAUCGGUGAAGCAAAAGAUUUCUUUUCAUCGCAAGGAUUAGAAAUAUGCGACUAUUAUCUCGAAUGGAAUGCAAAUACAGUCAAUUCUAGGUAUAAUGUGGAUAAUAUGUGUGCAUUAAACUUGGCAACACUGGGGUCAGGCUAUAGGGCCAGUUAUUGGCAACAACUGGUUACUUGUAUGGCAGUAUUAUUUGGGGUACUCUACUACGGACAGGGAUACGACUACUCCAACGUCGAUAAUAUCAAAGGGGCUCUUAAUUUGAUAUUAAUGGAAAAUUCAAUGACACUGUCAAUGAUUGCAAUGACUACAUUAAUAGGAGAGGAAGCCUUACUUUGUAGGGAACACCACAACCGUACGUACGCUUUGUUCCCAUAUAUGUUGGCGACCAUUAUUACACAGGUUCAGUUUAAUACACCUACUUUGGUCAACAGAUUGACCAACUGUACACCAUUGGGAUGUACAAAAACCAAAUUCUACUUGUUCAAUAAAGUAGGGUGGUUAGAUUGGUUGCAGUACUUGGCAUUUCCAUAUUACGGAUACCAAUCAUUGGUUGUAAACGAGUGGCGAAAUGUGGGAAACAUGUCGUCCGACAUCACAAACACCACUCAAUCGACGACUACUUAUACCUCUGGAGUAGAAGUCAUUGAAUCCAUGGGUUUCAAAGAGUUGAGUCUCCAGUGGUGUCCCAUAGCCCUCAUGGCCUGGACUUUGGUUUAUAUGUGUAUCGCAUAUAUCGGUUUAUGUCGGAAAGUCAGACACCAGUGA